AUGAGAAACCGUCUUCUCCUGAUGAACCUCCCGGCGAACAUCCUCGCCGAAAUCCUCGCCCGCCUUCCCGCCAAAUCCCUCGCCGCCUCCAAAUCCGUCUGCAAAACAUGGCUGGAACUCAUCAACACCCCUUACUUCAUUUCCCUCCAUUUCUCCCUAUCAAAACCCUGCCUAAUCGUACACCACUCCACCAUGUUCGAAAAACACUUCAACCUCCUCGAUUUCCACCAUUCCCCAAAAAAACCCAAAACCACCGCGGAAAAAAUCAGCUUCGCCGGAAUCAGCCCCUUCCCUGACUCCAACAUCGUCAUCGACGCCUCGUCGAACGGCUUCCUCUUCCUCCGCGACAUAAACUACCGCCACGAAACCCUCGUCGUUUGCAACCCGUUCACUCGCGAGUAUUUCGAGCUCCCGAGGCCCAACGGGCUCGUCCGCUACCCGAUGGCCGUGACCCACGGCUUCGGGCCCUCCGCCAAAACGGGCCACCACAAAAUCGUCCGAAUUCUACACGAUCGCGAGCUCAACCCUCGAAACCGGGCCUGCGAACGGGUCCCGUUUUCCAGCUGCCAAGUCUUCAAUUUUCGCGAUCGGGCCUGGAAAACCGUUAUCGGGCCUCCGGCCCGAUUCGUCUACAACAGCCGGCUCGUUGGGGUUUUUUUAAACGGGAAUGUUCAUUGGCUCGUCCACGAUCUCGAGGGCUUCGAGCUGAUCUCGUGCUUCGACCUCGAAAACGAGCGAUUUACACAACAUUUUCCGAGCCCGUUUCCUGGCGGCGGGGGGCAGGGGAUUUGGGGGAGCUUGGGAGUGUUAAGGGGCUGUUUGGCUCUUUGCGACAACACAGGUGAUUGGGAUAUCGAUGUUUGGAUUAUGGGGGAUUAUGGAGUGGGGAAGUCGUGGGAGAAGAAGAUCGUGAUCGGGAAAACGAUGCCGGGCCUCGUGGGCCCGUCUUUUCAGAUAGUUCACGUGAUCGAUGAGUUGGAGGACGGGAGUUUGUUGUUCGUGUGGGGAGAUUUUUUCAUGCUUCGUUAUUCGGCAAGGAGGAAAGUUGUCGAGGGGGUCGAUUUGAAGCAGCCGAAAGGGCCCAAUAGCAUGGAGGCUAUUCGGCAUGUGCCCAGCCUCGUCAGCCUCAACAGCUUCGUGCCGCCGGAGAAUGUGUGUGUGUAUUAG